ACGGAUUUCAACUCAGUCUGUCCGCGACCGUCCGUCAAGCAGACGUCUGCAGACCACGUUCUCCCCAUCCCCCACUUUUCCUUUCGUCGGUACCGUCGUUCACAGAGUGUCUCUUACGCAGUGUCUCGAGGGCCUCGUAGAAGCCACAUGUCGUCUGCGGUGCAGCCGCUACCGGCACCCUGACCCAUCGCCAAUCGCGUUCCCGACGAUCGAUCGAUCAUUCGCUGGUGUGCAAGUGUGUGCUCUCGUUACCGAUCGACGGUCGAUCCACGCGUCGCGUAUGACAGUUUGAUCUAAUCAGUGCUCCGUAUAGUGACUGGAAAAAUAUGUGGUCCGCGAGCAUCAUCGCAGUCCUCGUUGGCCUCGUCGUUAUCGGUUCGCCACCCUGGUGUUCCGAGGCGUUCAACGUGGAGACCAAACAUUACGCGGUUUAUCAGAACGAGAGGAGAUCUAUGUUCGGUUUCGCUGUGUCGGCGUACAGGGACAGAUUCGGACGAGGCUGGGCGAUCGUGGGUGCACCGGAGGCCCAAACUCAGCAAGUCGGCGUUUACAGAGGCGGCGCUGUUUACAAAUGCGAUAUUGCGGCCGACGACCGAUGCUCGAUGAUCCAGUUCGAUAAUAACGGGAAUAAUCACGCUCGAAACCCUGCUGUGGCGAGUGGUUUAAUCCAAGUUGAUAAUAAAACGCUUCAGUGGUUCGGCGCUACAGUUUCAGCAUCUCUGAAGGAUGGAGGACCGAUCUUGGCGUGCGCCCCCAGGUAUAUUUGGUUCUCCCUGUCGCAACCGAAGUUCGACGCAGAGCAGAAUCGAUGGAAGAAGGAUUCGACGACCGGAAAUCGAAGAGAACCUGUCGGCACCUGUUGGGUCGUUAGCAACAACUUCAACGAAUCGCAUGAAUAUUCACCCUGUCGAACGAGGUACUGGGGAUACCACAGGCAGGGGUGGUGUCAAGCUGGAUUGGGCGCUGCCAUGUCCAAGAACGGCGAGGGCCUCUUCAUCGGGGCGCCAGGAAGUUGGUACUGGCAAGGUCAGUUAUACUCGAUCAGCACCGAUAUGAGGUUGCAGUUCGUUGCGACGACGUUCACUACACCUGAAGCAGAAGGAUCAGGACAAGCAUUUUCACAGUCGCUGAAGAAUCGACCCAGGAUAAUGUCCACCAAGGAAGGACCAGAUACAGAGGACGAUAGCUACAUGGGCUAUUCCGUGACGACCGGAGAUUUCAUUGGGAAUGGCGAGAGCGGGUCUGCUGUUGGCGUACCUCGUGGCUCCGACCUUCUUGGCAAAGUCAUCUUGUUCAUGUCAAAUAUGACGAAUCCUCGUAACAUUACCGGGGAGCAAAUGGGAGCUUAUUUCGGUUACUCCGUUGCUUCCGGUGAUAUCGAUGGCGAUGGCUUGGACGAUCUUAUAGUUGGCGCGCCUAUGUACACAGUGCCAGAUAACCCGGAAAUGACCAUCGAGACCGGAAGGGUGUACGUGAUCUAUCAAGGCGCCGGACCUGAAAAAUACCGCAAAGUCGACUCUAGAGACGGGGAGAGCAACCGCGGACGAUUCGGCUUGUCACUGGCCGGCCUAGGGGACAUCGACCGUGACGGUUAUGGCGAUUUCGUCGUGGGUGCUCCUUAUGGCGGUCUGCGUGGUCGCGGAGCCGUCUACAUCUACCAUGGUUCGGCCACCGGUGUCCUGGAGAAGUACUCGCAGGUGAUCUACGCCGAGAACCUCGAUGUUCCCGUGGAGACGUUCGGAUUUUCCGUGGCCGGCGGCCUCGACCUCGACGGAAAUCACUAUCCGGAUUUGGUGGUGGGCGCCUACGAGUCUGGAACGGCGAUUAUGUUCAGAUCUCGGCCAGUGAUCAAGAUGGACUCGUUCGUGUCGUUCGAUCGGGAGUCCAAGUUGAUCUCUUUGGACGACAGGAACUGCACUUUGUCGGACGGGAGCAGGGUGACCUGUUUCCCGUUGAGGGCGUGCUUCAGGUAUACGGGAGAGGGUGUCUUCUCGAAGCACAACUUCAAUAUCCAGUACGUUUUGGACGUGAAGAAGACGAAGAACCCCAGGCUGUUCUUCUUGGAGCUGGAGGGCAGGAAUACGUUGAAUCGUACCAUCACCGUGGAUCGGGAUCGACAGUUCUGCCGCACGGUUCAGGUAUACGUGGUACCCAACAUUCGCGACAAACUAACGUCGCUGGACGCAGAGAUGCGAAUGAGCCUCGAGGAGGAACAGUACCAGGACAAUCGACCAAGGGAUCCCAGGCUACCUCUGUCACCGAUUCUAGGCACGACAACCUCCAGAAAGGACUCGCUGGCCAUCAGGAAGAACUGUGGCCCAGACAACGUGUGCAUACCGGACUUGCAAAUGAACGUGUCAUCGAACGUGCUGAAAUACUUGCUGGGUUCCGGAAAACGCUUGGAGCUGGACGUCCUGGUGCAGAACAUGGGCGAGGACGCGUUCGAGGCGACUUACAACCUGAGGCUGCCCACUGGCAUCGAUUACAUCAAAGUCGAGAAGAUAGAGACAAUGGGGGUGCCUGUCCAAUGCUCGGCGCCGAAGCAGUCGAACAACAACACUCUUCGUUGCGACAUUGGCAAUCCUCUCCAGAAGAACGGACUAGUUAAGUUCAAGGUGCUGUUGCAGCCGGUCACGUCCCACGAGAUGAAGCCCAUCUAUUCGUUCGAGAUGGACGUGAACACCACUAACCCAGAGAAUCCGUUCACAACCGACGACAACAAGUACACCCUGAAGCUGCCGAUUUGGAUAGAGACCGAACUACGCGUGGAUGGUGAGAGCAAGCCGAAGGAUCUGCAUUACAAUCCAGAUAAUUACACCAGCGACACGAACGCGUCGACCGAGGUCGAGUUUGGGCCAGCUGUCACGCACAAUUACACCAUUCGUAACUUGGGACCGUCAGACGUCGUUGAGGCGGAAGUGCACCUCGUUUGGCCGGCGCAGACGCUGGCUGGAGACGAGCUGCUCUAUCUCCUGGAACAGCCGGAAACCUCUGGACCUAUCGUCUGCGAGUCUGCCAAUGCAAAUUACCUUAGCUUAAAGUUGAACCCGCGCAAAAAGCAGUACGGCCUGCAUGAGGGCCUUUCAGGAGUCCUGGAGGAAUCUCAGUCAGGCAAGUCGAUCAACGUGCAGCACGGAUUCAGCCACGGUAGAAGAAACGGUAGCCACAAGGAAGACUUCGAGAUCAACGGCGGGAAGAGCUCGAGCAGCAGUAAAUCGUCCAUUUCUUCUUCGAACGUUGUCACUAUCCAGACCACGAACUCGCAGGUGGAGACAGCUCAAGACAAAUCGAACGUGGUGGUUACGACGUACUCGCAGAACAACUCUGGGUCUCUGAGCACGGGCGACCUCAGCGCUGGCAACAUGGGUGUACUCAUCCAAACGGAAUACGGGAACAGCGGGAGUCUGGGAGGUGGUUUUCGCACCACCGACGACGGUAGCUUCCAGAGCGUUUCUGGAGGUAGAACUAUUGCCACAAGCGAAAGCGAGCAAAGGCAUCAAGGACUGUUGCGACAACAGGAAGAGCAACGUCGCCAGGAAGAGCAACGUCGUCAGGAAGAGCUACGUCGUCAGGUAGAGUUACGUCGUCAAGAAGAAGCUGCGCGUUUGAGGCUGGAAGAGGAAGAGCGGUAUCAGCGUGAGAGGAAGCAGGAGGAACUUCGUCUUCUGCAGCAACGGGAGGAACAGGAACGACUGAUCUAUCAAAGAAAACAGGAGGAGGAACGAAGAAGGUGGCAAGAGGAAUACGAGCGCGAGCAAGAGAGACAACGUGAGAUUUCUACAGGUGGUCAUGCAUUAAUUACGGGUGAUCGAGAGGAAACCGUUCGAGGAGGUGAAUUCGGGUUCCAUCUGCGUAAUGUCAGCUCUACUCAGGAGUUGGAGCGACUGUUUGGAUCCCUGUCGAAGGCAACGUCUGGGUACGAACUGUACAACAAACAGGGCAGGCAGUUCGUCCAGUUCAUGGGGAGGUUCCGAACUUCCGCUGACAGAAAGGAGUACAUAGAGUUCCAGGACAGCUCCAUGUUCCCUCUUCAGGAUCGCUACGGGAGUCCAAGCUACGUCUCCGAAACCACCGACCACAGAGACAGUCGAUUCUUGAGGAUAGAGGGCGAACUUCUCGUGGAUUCUUCCGGGAAAGGGUACAUCGUGUUGAAAGAUGGCCGCAGAUUUCCACUGCAGGGGUCCUUCAGCUACAACGAGCACCACUCGAUCGUCGUGGACGAUCCACAUGGUGGCAGAAGCUCGAAUAGCCACGAGUCGAAGAGCCACAGCCAGUCGUGGACCGAGGAAUCCAGUAAGGUCGGCGAGCUGGAGGCGGAAUACGAGUCGACGUAUUCCAGUACCCAUGAAGAGAAGAGAAGGGAGGAUAAGAGAGUCUUCAGUAGAGUCCACGGAAGGGACAAUCGUGAAUCGCUCGAUGACAACGAGACGACUGAUACGCCGUACUCGGAUGCAGGAUCCAGACCCAAGCGUGACAGCGAUAUGGUCGAAGUGGAACAGUUCAAGAAGUUCGAAAGGUUGCACAGACGAGCCAGAGACCUGGACGACGAUCUUCUGAUGGAGGAAAGCGAGCUCGAUACGAAGAUUGAUUAUGAAAGCGACCCCAGGGCACAGGGACCGCCUAGUCCUUGCAACACAGCGAAAUGCGUCAUGCUGAAGUGCGUGGUGGGUCCUCUAAAGAAGGAUGAGGAGGUCUGGCUCGGGGCUAGGUACAGGGUAGCCGCGAGAACCCUGAAGAAAGAGGCCGUCCAGGAGAAGGUCACGGUCUCCACCAAACUGAUAGCACGCGUUACGAAGCAGCCGUUCAUCGGUGCACCUGCCGAAAAGGUGAUCAAGAGUCGCGAAAUUAAAACAAACGUCGAGCCAAGCGUGACACCAUCUGCGCCAGAUGUUAUCCCGCUCUGGGUAGUAGUUCUCUCAGCCUGCGCCGGGACGAUCAUUCUGUUGCUGCUUAUUUACCUGCUGCACAAGUGCGGGUUCUUUAAGAGGAACAGACCAUCCGACGCCCCAGAGAGGCAACCACUCAACAGGAACGGACACUUCCAGCACGGGGACGACCACUGAAAGAUAAACGAGGAUCGAUCAGUGGAAUUUUAUCGAAACGAAAAUCGUCGAACGACAUCCAUCAAGCGAACGACCGACGAAGUGCCUUAACCUCGCGAAUCUCUCGAAGGAGCGGAAAUAUGGAUUCGCUGGAACGACGUAGAACAGAGUUCUUCUGCGUGGAAACGAAAAUAAUUUUAAUUAACAAUCGCGAGUGCCUUCAUCUCCAAACCAAACGAGAAACUGCUAGAGUGAAUUAUAAAGGUUCUGAAGCGUUACCGCGACCUUUCUACUGCCACUGAAUACUCCUUCCAGCUCCUGCAGCUCGACCAUGCAAGUUUCUAGUCAGGAGACGUCUUUUUAUUAUAUUUCUUUUUUAACCUGUAAUUUACUUAAGCCUCCCGUUCGUCAGAGGCGAGAAAAUUUGAAGAUGGAGCGAACAGAUUUUAUUUUAUAAUGGGAAAUAAAUAUCCGUCGAAAUCUCCCUAUUUGCGGAUAGAUAAAGAGUUGUUUGUUAACUUGUAACGAAGAGUUCGUUGAUCAGAGCUUCCAGAUAAAUGAGAAAUUGAAAAAAAGGGAUAUUUUGUAUCUAUGUAUUGGAAAACGAUUUUAAAUUUCCUUCGAUGAUACCCUUGUACAUAUAAAUUAAUUAAUCAUUUUCGAAUGUUAUGAGAAUUAAACGAACAGGUGCAGUUGCUAUCGAAUAGCAUCAGAAUGAUUUGAAUUUGUGUUCCUUUGCACAUGAACAAAGGUUAAUUAUAUAUCGUAAACAGAGAUGGGCAGAAUUGUAUUCGAAUUAAGAACGAAAAAAAGCCGAUGCAUUUAUUUAACUAAACGUUUAGACUUUUAUGUAUUCAUUGUAAAUUAUUGCAUUGUAGAAUUGAAAUUCUAAUUUUUAUUCUACGAUUAACGAAUAAACGGAUGUACAUCGUUUAUUCGUUAUUCGAAGUCCCUAUUCAGAUUCAGGUAAGAAUCUUGCCCAUUUUUUUUUACUGUAAAUACGCAAUAGAGUGUACCACGAGUGCAGUUAUAGCACAAAAUUGCAAAUAUUCCCCAUGGAUUCACAGUAGAUAGUAAAAUUUUUGUUUAAAGAUUUUUCCGCGAGUACAAAGAAAUAACUUGAAAUUUCGUGGACACUUUACGCCAUACGCAUGUAUACUUUCUUCGAAAUUCUCGCUGAUAGAAGACUUGGAAUUGUAACAGACCAAUUUAGUUUUUUAUCGCGAAGAAAUUCAAUUGACACGAAUCUUUCGAUGACUUAACGAUUUAAUAUCGAUAGAUCUCAUUCGUUGCCGAUAUCGGCAGUCUACUUAUAUUUUCUUCCUUUCUUUAACGCGGAAGUGGCCUCGAGAACGGGAACCUUUGAUUAUUUAUUAAAUUUUUACAUUAUAUAUGUAUGUACAAUGUAACGUAUGUUAGAGUGUUGUAACAUGAACGGGAACUUGCCCCGUGCAUAUGUGUGUACAAUCUUGUAAAUUAUUAAUUGUAUUACUAAAACUGUUUCCGAAGAAGAAUAGCUAACGCAAUAAUAAUUAUGUAGAAUGUAACAAAGUCCUGAGAAAUGCGGAAAGGUAGAACUGACUUGUACAUACAGACCUAAGAUGUAAUAUUAAAAAAAAAAUAUAUAUAUAUAAUAUUAUUAAUACUAAAUUUUAAAGGUAUUUUUCUUCAAUAGAGUGUAAAAUUAUUACCCAUACAAAAUUUUAUUCGAAUAAUUGAUAACAAAUAAAAAAAACACAAAUUAUUAUUCAAGAAAAGGAUCUACAGGGUGUUUUAUUUAAAUUGGAAUGGUUAAAUGUCUCACGAGGGGAUGAAGCUACAGAGAAAAUGUUUGUACAAAAGUUAUUUAGUGCAAAGGGAUAAAUUAUAUAAAGUAAACAAUUUAGUUGUAGGCGAAAUAGUGGGAGAGAUUUAACAAAUUAAUUUUUUUUUAAUAGAUCCUUAUAUAUUUUUAAUCACAAUAUGAUUGCAUUUGUUUAGACAAAUUCAUCGGCUUGAGUCUUGAGACUGACCACGUUAAGUUGCCAUCGAAUCAGAUUCGUCGUUCCGCCUCGAGAUAUACGUAUAUUUGUUAUCGAAAGAGAAACGUAGGAAAAAAAGUGUUGUCAAAGCGAAACAUAAGAGUGACGAGAGUGAGUGACAAUUGGAAUGCACUGGCGUGACAGUGAAAUAAUACAGCGAUCGAACAACUACUUAAGUUUCCCAUGUCCGUGAUUUUGUGACGUCUUACUACCAUGCAAUGGGUGGAGGGAAUGACCUAGUCCCUGUGCUCUGAUAACCCUUUAGCACUUUGCGGAUCAGGCUUUCUGAUUUCAGUAUAUUUUUCUCGAGUCUCACUCGACAUUGGUCUGCAAAGGAUUAGUUUGUAAACAUUUGGCAACUUAACGUCGUUGGUUCUUCUUCUUUGAAGUACUCUCGAGCGGAUCCAUGCUCUUGUCUUGUAUGAUGAAACGUUUUCUUCAGUGAAGGGUGAGAAGCGGUAUUCCAGAGAUGUGGCCAUUUGGAAAACGUUUGCUAACGUACUCAGACUGUAGAAUUGUACUAAAUUUGACAGUAUAUCACAGUUUCAAUCGAUUCCAUUGGCUGGAACCCUCGAUAUUCAUGUUUAUGUGAAACCGACGCCAACGGCAUUCCAGUGAUGUCAACCCUUUGGAAAACGUACUCACGAAUACUCCCACUUCAUACAACGUUACACAAUGUCUUACACCAUAAUGGUGCAAGUUACAACAUAAUCCUCAAUAUCAAUUCGCAGUAUAGUGCAUCAAAUUAUGGUACAAUACUGAGUAUUCCAUCGAAAUACAGUAUAAUCCUGCUAAUGACAUUAUAUUUCAGCACUAUACGUCAGAAUAGUGAAAGAUAGAGUUAUGUAAUGAAAGAAGAGAUUCUUUCAGAUUUUGCCACCUUUUCAGAGUUCCAAUUAUUAGUUUUGGUAAAAGUAUCAAAUUGAUUCAUCCGACUUUGUAAAUGUAUAAUUGUAAAUUGAUUUUUCCUUCUCACUGCGAAUGUUAUUAAUCGCUUAAGUAUGCCAUGCAUUUAUUGUUGGAAGUUUCUUACGCAAUAGAUACACGAUUUAUUUUCCAUAAGAUCGUUUAUUGAAAAAUCACAAUGACGUAGUGUACACAAAACAAAUGCAUGAUUACCGUUUACCAUCGAGUGCCACUGAUUUCUUCACAUCAACUACAUGGAUCGCGUUUCCAUCGAAAUGAACGUGUAACGUGUGAGUUUCGUUGUGCACAAAUUAUAAGGAAAUUCUUCCAGAUAUAUAAAAAAAUAGAUGCUUUAAUAAUCUUGUUUAGUUUAAUAGAUUUUGACAGUAUUAUUUUGCCUCUUUACUCUUUUUUUGACAUUGGUAAAAUGUAUAUAAAAAUAAUCUAUGAGUACAAUUGUUUGUAAAAUAUACUACUAUCUUGUUAAUAUCUUUUACGUUUCGAGAGCUUCGUAGAAAAGGUCCGUGUAGAAAACAUUUUCGGUUGCUUUAACGCUUAGAAUCAAUUAAAA